UCCCACGGACCGUAAAAGCAGAUGAGCACGACGUGACAAGGACUCGUAAACAAAACUUCAGUCGGCAUUGGCUCUCUAAACACAGACACGCACGAUGUUAAGUUUCUUUGGAUUCAAGAAGGACGGAGCUAAAAAGUCGCCUGAGAGAGAAACUGAUGGAUUCGUCAUUCUUGGCGAAACUGUGGAGGAGCAGCGACAGAAAAUGCAGACCUUCAACAUUGUGCUGCCGGCAACAAAUGUAAUUGUACAGCCGUCUAAGUCAUCCAGCGCUGGGAACAGAGGAACCACAGAGACAGCUCAGGCAUCCCUCCAGCCCACGUCGGCUGAGACGUCCUCAGAAACACACAAUGUCGAUGUCGCCCCUGCCCUGCCUGAACUUCUAGGAGAUAUACCCUUCACAUUAGCACCACAUAUCCUGGCCAUGCAGAUGGGCCUACCUCUUGUUCCAGAUAUCAUAUUGCCUCAUGACAUCAAUGACAAGCUAGCCAACUUUGGUUAUGACUUCACCUUGGAGAACUCUGUGCUUUGUGAGCCUUGACUCGGUUACAUCAGUUUAUUCGUUACGGUGAACUAUGACCUUUCGGUUGACAGGAUACUCCUUAACCGUUGCCUUUUCUUAAGUAAACAAAGUUUUUAGUCUGCUGGCCAUAAGGUGGUGGGCUCAAGAUAUUGUCCAUUUUGUUUAAACAAGUUGAAGUUAGCGUCAGAUGGUUUACAGUCUCUCAGGAUGUUACACUUGUUGGGUAAGAUGAGCGGUACUGACACAUUUGAACACAGUCAACUCAGUGUAAUUCUGUAUUUUGACUCUAUUGGCUCCUGUAGCAUAAGACGAUAUGCUGAAUUCUUGUAGUUGCAUCUGUGUAUCUUGGUCAUCUUUCUUUUCGACAUAGAUCUGUGUUGGCCUUUCUCACUUUUUUCGUUUGUACUUGCUGAUCAGUAACUGAAAUACAAAAUCACUAUAACAUAUAUAAAUUAUUUAUAAAGUCACAGUGAUAUACCCUAGACGAAUUGUUAUUUUUCUUUGAAAAUUAUGUUUAGCAGCAAAGCCUUUUUGCCACGGACAUACUAAUAUAAAGUUAAUCAUCAGCACCAAGUGGAAUUACAAAAAUGAUGGUGCAUGGUUUAAAUGCAUGACGUUUUGAGGGUCUGAUAUAAAGCACCCCAUUCUGUGUAAUAUAGUUUAUUUCAAUUGAAUUAGUGAGUUUUAUAAUGCAUGCUGCUAUUUACACAAUGCACUCAGGAGUUUAGCUGUGUGUAAAUUUAACAUUGGGAGCAGAUGUUUAUUCACGGGAUAUCACAUCAAAUCUUUCUUUCGGUUAAGUGUGAAUAUACAUCCAUGUUCCUUUUGUUUUUCUUGACAUGGUUAUUUUAUUUUGUGGCUAUUAAUAUCCUCCAAAUUGUACUGUCAUUUACUCUAUGGGUUCAUUGUAUUGCACUGUUAUUUCCUACUGAUUUAUAGCUGGAACAGAAAUACACAGUUUCUGUUCCCCCAUGAAUUGUAUGAUUGAUACAUGCAUGUAAUAUGUUGAAGUAAUUAAUGAUUUUGAAUAAAGUGUUAUAUUAUGAU